AAUCAACAUGCUCCCUCUUUGGUUAGUGCUGCUCCUACUAAUGCUGUUAAGCAAUUAUCUGGGCAUGCGUGAGCGCUAUCGUUACUUCGAACGCCAUAAUAUACCCUUUGUGCCUGUAAGCAAGUGGACACCAUUGGGUCAUCUGAAGCAGCUGCUCUUCCUACGCAUCUCCUUUGGCGAUUGGUUUAAAAACAUUUAUGCAGACCCGCGCAUUAGUGGCAGCAAGCUGGCGGGAUUCUUUGUCUUCCAGACGCCAGCACUGAUGCUGCGUGAUCCCGAGCUGAUGCGUCUGGUGCUGAUCAAGCAAUUCAAUAGCUUUCUUAAUCGCUACGAGGCAGCGGAUGCGCAACAUGAUGCCAUGGGCGCAUUAACUUUGCCAUUGGCGAAGUAUCAACAGUGGCGCGAGAGUCGUUGGAGCAUGUCGCAGCUGUUUACGAGUGGACGAAUGAAGCAGCGCAUGUAUCCGCUGUUGCAGCAAGUGCUGCAGGAUUUGGAGCUGCAUCUGGAGCGACGCAUGGCGGGGCAGACAGCGCGUGUGUUGCCGCUGAGCGAAAUGUGUCAGCUUUAUACAACGGAUGUCACCGGACAGUUGUUCUACAGCUGGAAUGUGGGUGGACUGCGUCUGGGCCACUCUCCGUUGCGUCAUCAAGCCAAGCAGCUGUUUGCGCCGCACUGGCGCAAAGUGUUGGAUUUUAUGUGUAUCUUCUUUUUGCCACAGUGGACGCGGCUGCUGCGCGCCAAGGUAUUCUCCAAGUCGUAUAUGAACUACAUGCGCCAGCUGGUGCAGCAGCCACGUGGUGAGCAGACGCAAGCAGAUCUUAUAGCGCAACUGCAGCAGCUGCAGCGCAGUCGUCCCAGCAAGCACUAUACACAGCAUUCGGACUUUAUAGCUUCACAGGCUGCCAUCAUAUUGCUGGCGGGAUUCGAAACGUCAUCCGCGCUGUUGGGAUUCACGCUCUAUGAGCUGGCCAAGCAACCAGUGUUGCAGCAGCGUCUGCGCCGGGAGCUGCAGUCGGCGUUUGGUGCUAGUGGCACGCUCAGCUAUGAGCAGGCCACAACGUUGCCUUAUCUUAAGAUGGUCUGCCUGGAGGCGCUGCGUCUUUAUCCAGCAGCUGCAUUCAUCAAUCGGGAGUGCACUGCCGACUGCUCGCUGCAGCCACAUCAUGACUUUGUCAUUCCAGCAGGCAUGCCCGCCUAUAUCUCCAUACUGGGUCUUCAGCGUGAUGAGCAGUUUUGGCCCAAGCCUUUGCUCUUCGAUCCGGAACGCUUUGCGCCCGAGCAUCUGCACAGCAUUGAGCCCAUGACUUAUAUACCCUUUGGUGCUGGUCCACAUGGCUGCAUUGGCAGUCGCCUGGGCCUGCUGCAACUCAAGCUGGGCGUGGCACAUAUACUGCGCUCACAUCGUGUGGAGAUUUGCGGUGAAACGGUGCCGGAGAUACGCUUCAAUCCCAAAACGUUCAUGUUGGAGUCGCUGGAUGAGCUUUAUCUGCGUUUCUGCAGAGAUAGUAAUUAGUUAGUUAAUAUAGUUUUUAGUCUAGCAGCUGUGAUAUACGUAUA